UCUCCCGAAACCCCGAAGCAGGAACUUUCCACUUCCAAUGGACUUCGAUGAGGACCCUCUACUCGGUCCUAGUCUACCUUCUGACCUCCUGCAUGGUCGGGUACUCGACUUACGUAAAGUUCCUCAACUUCGAGAAGCCCGAGCUCCCCUUCGACGAGUACCUCAUCACUCUGAUAUUCAUAUUCGCUCUUUUCCCUCACUGGUUCUUUCAACUCGUCAGCCUGCCCUCGAGCAAAGGAGUCGCUGAAUACCUCACGAUGUGGACUCGCUUUCAGAAGCACUUCCUAACGGUGACCGGAAGCCUGAUAGAGCUCGACUACGGGGCGAAAUUCAUUGCGGCUCAGUCGGUUGGCACCGCAAUGGCCGUAGGCAUACCGAUAUCGCAGACCGUCUUGCUGGGAAGUUUUACCCUCCUCGAAUCCGUCGGAUUCUACCACGUCCUCACGCCUUCGUUUGCUCGGUAA